CCGAGCGUCCCAUUUUCUGAUCUAUGUUUUCUACGCUCUCUCUCUCUCUCUCUCUCUCUCUCUGCUUUUUUGGAUCCAAAGAUGCCUCACGGAACGCUUGAAGUUCUUCUCCUCGGUGCCAAAGACAUCGAGAACACCGAUUUUUUCUCUAACAUGGACCCUUAUGCCAUCAUCACUUGUUUGACUCAGGAGAAGAGAAGCAGUGUUGCGUCAGGCAAGGGAACUACUCCUGAAUGGAAUGAGACCUUUUUGUUCACAAUCUCAGAUGAUGUUUCAGAACUCAGGAUCAAAAUUAUGGAUAGCGAUAAUCUCACUCAGGAUGAUUUCGUUGGAGAGGCAACGAUUCCAUUAGAAUCAUUGUUCCAUGAAGGAAGCAUUCCACCAACUUCAUACAAUGUUACCAAGGACGAGCAAUAUUGUGGAGAGAUUAGAGUUGGUCUCACUUUCACUCGCCAGAGAGAUCGGGGAUUCAAUUUGGAGGAGGAGAGCUUUGGCGGAUGGAAACAAUCUGCUAUGCACUAAUCUGAGAACAACAGCAUCAACGAAGGAGAACGACGUUGGCAAACCACCCAGCCGACGUCGCUGUUGAAGAAGGAGCCAGGCUUAUUCAUGUAUUGAGUUUGUCAGAGGAGUUUCUAGCCAAAUUUUUAUCAAAAUUUAGAGAUGAUGCGGCGAAACUGUUGGUGGCUUACAAGGGUGAUUUUUUGGAUGCUUAGAAGAGUAAGAAUUGUGAACCUUUAUUUUGUUGCCAUUGUUGGCAGUGAUGGCCGGUUCUGGUUGUAGUGUUUUUGCCAGAAACCUCCCUUUGGGAGCCAUGGCUGCUCUAGAACCAAAACUGGAAACUAAUUUUGGUUUUGAUCGCGGGUUACCAUAAAGUCCAAAGUGUUCAUUUGAGAGCCGUCUUUGCUUACAACACAUACUGUGAUUUGAAUAC